AUGCCCCAAAUUGAAAUUAACGGAGUCCCGGAGAAAAAAGUUGUCAGGGGUGUGCACACCGCCCCUUUUUACCACAGAGUCGUAGACGACUUCCUGCCGUGCAGCGUGUUCCAGGAGGUGGUUGAGUCCGCGAAGAACAGCAGGUACUUUGAGAAGCACUCUGAUCUUUUUCAUUUCUACCAGACCAAUGAGCUGAAAGAUGACGCAAAAUUCAAGCAGUUUCUGUCUAUACUCCGAGAGAGCAUGAGCGCGGACCUGGAGCGUAUCCAGCGCCCGGUGCACGGAGAAGAGAUGACUUUGUUCGGGUCUUUCUACAACCCGGGCCACUUUCUUCUUCCGCACGACGACUGUGUAGAGAAGCGGGUGCUUGCUUUUUCGUUCUAUCUGAACGACCCAAGCGAGGAGAGCGAAGAAAAGGAGGAAAAGCAGGAAGCCCCAAAGGGCCCAAACGGAGAGCUGGCUCUGUAUGAGGAAGACGGCAUAGCCUUGGCCAAGGAAAUAGCCCCCAGGCCCAACAGGCUUGUCAUCUUUGAAGUGUCUGGGAAGUCCUACCACGAGGUGAAGAUGAUGACAAAGGGGUACCGAAUGGCGCUGACUGGGUGGCUGAUGUCGGAAAAGUGCAACCCGGAAAGCAUCACGCUGCCGUGCCCCCGCAACCGGUACUGGGUUUUCAAUGCAGAAGAGUCAAUCAGCAUUGACUUGCCCAAGAGCCCGCAGCUGUCAGCUCUAGACACGUGCAACGACCAGGAGUGGGUGUCCAACGCAACGCGCGUGCUGAACAGCCUGUCGUGGAAGCGAAGACUCAACUGCAUAUACACGUCGCUGGAGGAGCCAGACACGGCCAGCGAAAUCCCCAUUGGCUUGCUGGCAAUCAUGUGGAAAGAUCUAGUUGAUGUGCUGGUGGCAAAGGUUUCGCCUGGCGGAUACUUGCUGCUAAAUGACCCGUUCAACGAGAAGUCGGACGCGCUAGCAGUUCUGUCUCUGUACGAAGGCCCCAUAUGCAUCGUGGACGAGCACGGCGAGCAGGUUGGAACGAUAGAGGCGCCCGGCUACUAUGUGUGGCCUGCAAGCGGGGCUUUGUUUGUGCCGCCCUGCAACAAGGAGGGCUUCAUUGUGGCGUACCGGUUUAACGUCUAG